GUGCAACGUCAUAAGGCUGCGCCGCGCUUCUGCGUUUGUUGUGAUUCGGCUGAAGAAAGGACACAGAAAUACUCCUGGUGAAGCAGCUGUGAUCCACGUGAAACUAUUAUAAAAAUGGCGUUUAUUAAAGAGGAGAGUGAAGACGUGAAAAUUGAAGAAACAUUCAGAGUCAAACAUGAAGAUACUGAGGAACAAACAGACCUGAUGCAGCUGAAAGAGGAGAGUCAAGAACUGAAGGAAAUUGAAGUGACAAUUAAGAAGGAGCAAGACCAGGAUUUCACAAUUGGGGGGAAAUAUUUUAGUUGCUCAAAGACAAAAAAGACUUGUUCACAAAAAAGAGCUAAAAAAGCAAAAACUAGACGCCAUUUAAUCUGCCAACAGUGUGGAACAGGUUUCACUCAAAGAGGAAACCUUAAAGUCCACAUGAGAAUUCACGAUGGAGAGAAGCCUUUCACUUGCCAACAGUGUGGAAUAAGUUUCACUCAAAGAGGAAACCUUAAAGUCCACAUGCGGAUUCACACUGGAGGGGAAUCUUUCAUCUGUAAUCUGUGUGGAAAGAGCUUCACACGAAAAGCAGGUCUUAAGACUCACAUGAGAAGUCACUCUGGAGUGAAGCCGUUCACAUGUGAUCAGUGUGGAAAGAGUUUUAGAUAUAAAGAUGACCUUAAUAAACACACGAGGAUUCACUUAAGAAAGAGCAGUUUUAAAUGUCAUCAGUGUGGAAGGAGUUUCACAGACAGCAGUCACCUUAAGAAUCAUGUAAUAACUCACUUCGGACAGAAGCGUUUCAUGUGCCUUCAUUGUGGAAAGGAUUGCAAAAACAAUGCAAACCUUGAGGUUCACGUAAGGAUUCACACGGGAGAGAAGCCUUUUGUCUGCCCUCAGUGUGGAAGGAGUUUCUCAUUUAGAGGAAACCUAAAGAUUCACAUAAGAGUUCACACUGGAGAGAAGCCUUAUACCUGCCCUCAGUGUCCAAAACAUUUUAUGUAUAAAAGAGACCUGAAACGUCAUUUGCAAACAAUGGUCUGUGCAUCGCAAGACGUUUAGGAAAAGGAGCCAUUUCAAAAAUCACUUCACGCAUUCACUCUGGAGGUGUUUUGGGCCAUUAUUGUGUUGAAAGAGUGCCCCGUGAUGAAGGGCACGGAGUGGUGGUAGCAUCUUUUCUUUCAGUAUUGCAAUAAAAUUCAUCUGUCAAUAAAUUGAUAUUAGGCCCAGUAUGUUUAGGAUCUAUGUUAAAAUUGUUUCUUUUCAACCCUUCCAAGCAAUGUGAAAGCACAGUUGUUCAGAUAUAUGUCUGUAUGAAGCAACAUUAGACACUCCAAAAGACUGGAAAGAGCUGCAACAGUGCUGACCUUGGGAGAAGAUAAAAAGUUAAAAACUGAUCAUUUAUAAUAAAUUCAAUCGAUC